AUGGCGAUCAGCAGAGCGCGCAUGUGCACCAACAGACUGCAAAAUUCUAUUCGACUUCAACGCAAAGAAAUCGCCGGUUUCCUUCGGGAAGGGAGAGAAGAGGGCGCAAGGUUGAAAGGAGAACACCUCUUGCGCGAAUACAGACUGGAGAGGGCCAUGGAGAUCCUCGUGACGAGUUAUCUUGCUACGGAACGCACAUGCCCUCCUGACUUGGUCUCCCCGAUUCACACUCUUCUUUACUGCGAACCGCGGCUAAGCAUCGAUGAGCUGGGAACAGUUCGGCGGCAGUUUGCAGUGAAGUAUGGGGAAAUGUUUGUGGAGCGUGCAGUGAAGAAUGCGAAACAAGAAGUCCAUUUUAAGCUUGUGCACGCGCUUUCUCUCGCUCCACCCCUCGAGUUCGACAUUCAACAACUCCUCUGUGGUAUCGCUAAGGAGUACUGCAUAUCUGAAUGGAAACCGAGCAUAGCCAUGGAAAGCAACGAAGCUUGCGACUUUAUUCCACGGCCGUCGCUGGCCUCGAAGCAAACGGCAGCGCCUUUCCUAAGUCUUCCUCCUUUCAAAGAGCCACAGCGGCACAACCAUCGCCAGCAGCAGCAACAACAGCAACAACAACCGCAACAACCACAGCAGCUCCAACAGCGAGAGGAGGCCGUCAUGGCUGGUCGAAAGAGUGGCAGCAAAGAUAGGCAAGCACUCCCUUCGUCAGUCGAUGCGGAUUCCAACCAGACCGUUCCCCAAGCCGACAAUAUAUUAACUGCCGCUGCUUCUCGCCGCAGUAACGGUGGCCAGGACACAAGAGAAAACAGUCCAAACUGCAACACAGAGGCCCACCUGCAGAGGAAGCUCGUGCAUGCAGAAGAGGCCUGUGGUUUCCCGUCACUGCAGCCUCCGCCCAACCCCCACGCUUUCGCUCCAGAUAAAGCAGAUGCCGAAGCCGUCCCGCUGCACAGCACGGAGGCCCGCUUCAUUCCCGUACACGCAAAGAAGAGAGAGUAUGCAGCAUGCGGCAAGCCAGUCAAGCUGCAGCAACACGAAACUGUUCAGCAGUAG